AUAAAUAAAUAAAUUAAUUAACCAAAACAUAAAAAACAAAAACACAAAAACCACCGCUAUCACAACAUUCACAACAAUAUCAAAAGAGAGAAUCUCUCUAUACACAAUUUCAGAUUAAUAAACCCAACACAACUUCUCUAGAUCGAUCGAAAAAUCUCCGAUAAGGUUUUUUGUACUGGAAUUUGGGGGUGAUAAUAUAAAGAUCAUGAGACACAAGAAAGGGAGUAAAGUGGAGGUCUUGAGCAAGAACGAGGUGCCGUCGGGUUCUUGGCGUUGUGCUGAGAUAAUAUGUGGGAAUGGGAACGAUUAUACUGUUAGAUAUGAUAUGCAUCCUGGUGCUACCGAUGAGGCAGUUGUUGAAAGGGUAUCUAGGAAGUCAGUUAGACCUUUUCCUCCUCUGGUUAAACUUUCGGAGAAUUGGAUUUCUGGUGAUGUUGUAGAGGUGUUUCAGAAUUUCUCUUGGAAGAUGGCAACAGUGUCUAUGGUUUUUGGUAGGAAUUACUUUUUGGUUAGAUUACUUGGAUCCUCUCAGGAAUUCAAAGUCAGUAAAUUUGACCUCCGAGUACGACAAUCUUGGCAGGAUAACAAAUGGAUCGUGAUUGGAAAGGGUUCUGGAAAUUGUGAAGAUAAGAAAUGCAAUGAACGGUCAACUCUGACGUACAAUAAACAUUCGAACUUCCAAGUUAAGCAAACAGAUACAAGGGUGAAUUUUUGUGUAAAAGAUGAUCUUUUUGAGGCAAAGAAUUAUGUCAACUUCCCGGAUAGCCAUAUUGUUUCCUCUAGAACUUUGAAGAGAGGGUCACCCUACGGUUAUUCACAAAUUGAAGUCCAUGCUGGAAUGUCUCGGAAAUUUAGAGUAGUUGAGAAAGAUGGUUCACGUUACUGCAUGCCUGCACAUCCAUACCUGUCACCUGAAAAGGUAGACACUAUUGCGUCCCUUCAAGAACUGCCUGGUGAAAAACACAUGUAUGUUUCUUAUAACAACAAAACAACUCGCUUUCCUGAAAUGGAUGAGAGGAAGAAAUCAAACAAUGCUGUUGGGUGUUCACGGGCAGUAAGCUUAGAACCUAAUGUCGCUGAUAGUGUCACAUGCUCUGUGGGUAGUUGUAGCAUUACUAGCAACAAUUUCUUUAAGUUGCCUAGUUGUUUUUAUACUGGUCCUGUUGAAGAUACCGAUGAUCAUUUUAGUGAUGCUGAAUCUGUUUGUCAGUGGGGGCAUGAUGAAGGGGAUUGCUCCCUUCCCACUAAGGAGGAACUUGCAGCAGAAAUCCAUAGGUUAGAGUUGCAUGCUUACCGUUGCACUAUUGAGGCAUUGCAUGCAUCAGGACCCUUAAGUUGGGAACAAGAAACAAUGGGCCAAAGUAGGAGGCUGGUACACCUUGCUUCCAGAUCUCUAAAAGAUGAUGCUGGGGUCUGCCACCUCUCUCUUGGUGUAGACAAUGGUUAAAUAGCAGCAUCAAAAUAGCUACAAAUGGGACAGCUUAUGAUGCUCCAUUGGCAUGAUUAUUAUAUCUGGUUGCUGCAUUCUUCGAUUUUGGGCCACCCCUGAGCCUCAAAAUGUAUUUUGCCAAAGGAUGUAGGACCAGAAUCUUGUGGCUGCCAUGGGAUGUCCUGAUAUGUGGAUGCUCACAAAAGGUUUUGUUUCCAACUUCACCUCAGCUCAUCCAUAACAAGUGAUCUUUUUUUUUUUUUUUUUUUUUUUUGUGUGUUCGUGUUUUCGCUCUCCACGUUUUGCAAAGUUUUUUCAUCUCAUGGUACACAUCUUUGUUUUAUGGAGUGAUGGUGAAUUCUGUGGCAUGACUAUCGAACAAUUGAUCUGUAUGCAUUCUAAUAAUUGUUACAGGCAGAUAAACACGUCCCAUAAGCGAUCCAUAUAAUGUCAAAUUGAACAAGUAUUAACCUCAUGAAGGAUAAAAUGUUAUUAAGAAGCCAGGAAACAACAAAUUUGUGGACAAAGAAAAGUACAAAAGCUUUUUCUUCAUUUUUUGAUUGGAAAGUGCUUGUAAAAGUUGCUGAUUAUAACAGCAUGUUAACAAAAAGGUGGUACAUAGAGAAGGCAAAGACAGUGCAAUACAUGUAUAAAUGCACAUAUACACACAUAGUUUGGCUUUACAGAACAAAUUACCUACACUGUCCAAAUUGCAGCAUAGAGGUCUUAUGGUACUUCCAUAUGUGCAAAUCUAAUGUUAAGUCUCAGCAUAGUAAGAUUUCAAAACUUACAUUUACUUUUACCAUUUGGAAUAUGUGGUGUUUCUAUUAAAAAAGCUCACCAAGUGGCAAGGAAAAUUGUAUGGGAUGUGGCUGACUCUUUGGGUGUGCAUUUCCAGGACUUGGUGGGGGAAUGGGGAUGUUUUCUUUGUGAUUGGAAGUGGUUACUUGGCUCUGGUUUUUCAGUAUUAGGUUGUUGGGGUUUCUUUUGUUGUAUUCCUUUUAGUAGCUAUUUUGUUUUAUUGUUUUUUAUUGGCUAAUUUUUGGAAAUGAGCCUUCUUUAAUGUUGUGGCCUUAGCCUCUAUUUUUCUUGUAUUUUACUGGUUUUUGGUUAAUAUAAAAUUGCUUGGGAGGAAGAAAAGAAACAUAUAUAC